AUGGCACGUGAUAAAAUAUUAUUUGAACGAACUCAUGUUUUUGUUAAAGAUCGAAUAUCACAAAAUGAUUUUCGAUCUGAUUCAUUCGAGGAAAUCAAUGGAACACUUUCAAUAACUGAAAAUGAACGUGGUCGAUUCUUUCGUUUUAUACCAAAAGGUACUGAAGAUAAUACGACAGAUGAUUGGGCAUUAGUUAAUGGUGGUAAUUCAAUAAUUUCAUUUAAAAAUACGAAAAAUGAUAAAGAUUCAAUAUCUGUUACACCAAAUCCAUUAUUAAAAUUUCGUUUUUAUUUUAAUAUCAAUACUUUACGAAGUAUUCGUCGACAUUAUGUAUUGCAUAGUAUUUCUGAUAUUGUACUUGUACUUCAAGAUGGUACAACAUUACCAGCAUUUCAUUUCACUCUUAGUGGAAGUAAAGAGCUUAUUCAAAUGCUUGGUCGAUAUCUACAACUUGAAAAAUCACCACAAGAUAAUCGAUUGUAUAUUGUUAGAGGAGAAAUUGAACAAGAAAAUAUUUCUCAACCAAUAAGUGCUUUUGAUCAAAUGAAUUUAUUUGAUAAUUCAAAUGAUCUUAUGAAGCGAAUUAAAGGAUCAGAUUCACGUCGGACGGCUAUUGAAAAAUUUUCUCGUGUAACACAUUUUUUUAAAGAUGCAUUACUUGGUCAAAAUGAAUUUAUACCAGCAAGUGGAAAUCCAGAUGGUACUCUUGAACCAGAUAUAACAGCUAUUAUGGAAUCAUUUAAUGGAGAUUUAAGAGAAUCAAAUAAUGAUGGUUUUGAAGUUAUUUAUAAAGUUGAUUUUAAAAAAUUACCAGAAGUUACACGUUAUUCACCGAUGACAAUUAAAGAAUGGGAAAUGUCAUUAGAUAAAGAUGGACGUGUUAUUGAUAUUAAUAAAAUGAAAGAACGAAUAUUUCGUGGUGGAUUAGAAUCAAAUAAAUUAAGAAGUGAAGUAUGGAAAUUUUUAUUAAAUUAUUAUCCAUGGACAUCAACACUUAAUGAACGAAUUGAAUUAUCAAAACAAAAAGAAUCAGAAUAUUUUGCAAUGAAAUUACAAUGGAAAUCAAUGAUUGAACAACAAAAACAAAGAAAUAGUUUAUUUCGAGAUCGAGAAUCAUUAAUUGACAAAGAUGUAAUUCGUACUGAUCGAACACAUGAAUAUUUUCAUGGUGAUAAUAACAUUCAUCUUGAAGUCUUACAUGAUGUAUUAAUGACUUAUAAUAUGUUUAAUUUUGAUUUGGGUUAUGUUCAAGGUAUGAAUGAUUUGUUAAGUCCAGUAUUAAUUGUGAUGGAAAAUGAAGUUGAUGCAUUUUGGUGUUUUGUUGGAUUAAUGGAAAGAAUGGAACAAAAUUUUCAUAUGGAUCAAUCACAUAUAAAACAUCAACUUGGAAAUCUUCAUACACUUCUUCAAUUUAUUGAUGCUGAACUUGCAAAUUAUUUAGCUGAAAAUAAUUCAAGUAAUAUGUAUUUUUUCUUUCGUUGGAUGUUGAUCUGUUUUAAACGUGAAUUUUCAUUUGAGGAUGUUAUGUAUUUAUGGGAGGUCUUAUGGACAGAUCAUUUAUGUCAAAAUUUUGAAUUACUUGUUUGUUUGGCUAUUUUAAUUUCACAAAAAACAGUUAUUAUGGAAUCGAAAUUUGGUUGUAAUGAAAUUCUGAAACAUAUCAAUGAUCUUUCACUCAAAGUUCAAUUGGAACCAUUAUUAAAACAUACUGAAGGUCUUUAUAUACUGUUGAAACAACAUGAUCAAUCUACACCUGGUCUUCCACCAACAAUAUCAGUAAUAAUGUUUCCAAAUAAGAAUAAAAAUUUAAAAAAAUUACAUAAAAAUAAUGAUCAUGAAUCAGAUUCUGAUGCAACAUCAACAAUAUCAUCAGUAAAAUCUUCACGUGGAACAUCACCAAAUCCUGAAGGUGAACGAAAAGCUCGUACAAGAAAUUUAACAGAAUCACAUUCAAUCGACGAAAAUGAUAGUGCAGUUGUUAGCCACACAAAAAAAAUUUAA